AUAGCUAGUAGGCUUUAAUAGGCUUUAGAUAUUCCCAAAUAACAGGGUAUCCCUUGAAUUGGCAUAGUAUCGCUUAAGUCCACAUAAACCGCUUUCUCUUUUUGAACACUAGCGAUCUGGCCUAGCACAAUUUUGGCUAAUGAACGGAUUUUCAGAUUUCAUUGUGAAUUUUAGACAAAAAGUCUCACCGCUUACUAAAUGACUAGCGAAAAGGGAGCGCGUGUGAUUGAGUGUUUAUAUUACGAAUGUUUGCUUAUAGAAGUAGUCGGUAGACAGUAUCAAGUUCGGAAUGCGGCAGGUAGCAUCCAGCUAUCGCUUUGGGUAAUCGGUACUUUGAUAAAACUUAUUAGCCAAAGACCCAAUCUUGAUGUCUAAUUGCAGUCAUAUACGCUAUAUGGUGGGCAGAGCUUUAAAUGAUACGCUCAGACACAUUUUAGCUAUCGACACGGUGGGAAGUGAGUUUUUUGCUGACGGCUUAACAAUUUUUUUAAAACUUAUGUAGCAAGAGGCGAUUUUUUCUUCCGUUGGACACUUUUUAAAUAUUCGGAUAAUAAAGUGCGUCAACAGAAUGAGGGACAGCGAAAAAGGACCCGUUAUCGGCAUGCGACACAUGCAGGCCCUCCUCUUAUUCUUGGCCAUCGUCGUGAACUACACAGCCCGGCUCAGCGUUAGCGUGGCAAUAGUUGCUAUGACGGAUGCGGCCACCACCAACUUGGACUUUCCGGAGUACAACUGGAAUGGUGCGCAGCAAUCGUACAUUCUGUCCAGCUUCUACUGGGGAUACAUCGUCACUCAAUUUCCCGCCGGUUUUCUCGUUCGCCGCUUCGGGGCUAAGGCGGUGCUGCUCGUCCCCACGCUGGCGACGGCCGUCCUGAGCGGUCUCACACCGUCUUGCGUGGCUUGGGGUGGCUGGCAGGCUUUUUGCACCAUCCGGAUUGUGGAGGGUCUUUUUCAAGGUCUAAUCUUUCCGUGCAUACAUGAGCACCUGGCCAAGUGGUCUCCGCCAGAGGAUCGAAACCGGCUGGGCGCCUUUGCGUACUCCGGAGCCGACUGCGGAUCAGUGCUGGCCAUGGCUAGCAGCGGUCUUAUUGCGAAUGGCUCCAUGGGCUGGCCUGGAAUCUUCUACGUGUCGGCGGGCACUUGCGGGCUGUGGUGCCUACUGUGGGUGCUGCUCGGUGCUAACAACGCGCCCAGUUCCCGGCUAAUCGGUUCCCGGGAGCGGGAGCACAUCGAGCGCUCUAUGAAGCGGCAGGAUGGCUUUCACGCUCAGAAGAUUCCAAUCCCGUGGCGGGCCAUCUGGUCAUCCAGUCCCUUCUACGCACUAUUGGUGGUACGGAGCGCUCAGGGCUGGGCCAACUCCACCAUGCAGCUGCAGACACCCUCCUACAUGCACGGCGUCCUAGAGAUGGACAUCAAAAGCAACGCUCUCUACUCGGCCCUGCCCUUCCUGGCCAUGUGGGGUAUGUCCUAUGUGUAUCUGGUCUUCGCAGAUGUGGCCAUGUCGAGGCAAUGGAUGUCCCUAACCACGCUGCGCAAGUCAAUUAACACCGUUUCCUACUGGGGACCUGCGGCGGCCCUUAUUGGGAUUGGCUUUCUGGAUAAGAGCCAGACAACGCUGGCCAUCGCACUGAUGACAAUCAACGCUGGCCUAAAUGCCGGCUCUGGGAUUGGCAGCAUCCUGACCAUUAUCGACAUGUCCCCAAACCAUUCUGGAAUGCUAAUGGCCAUCGUGAAUGGCAUUGGCAACAUCUUUCCGCUUCUAACGCCCCUCUUAGUGGGAGUCAUUGUCACUGAAUCGGACUCACGAAGCCAGUGGCAGAUUGUGUUUGCCAUGACCGCUGUGGUUUUUUUCAUCGGCAACCUGGUGUACCUGAUUUGGGGCACCACCGAUCAGCAGGCGUGGGAUGCCGAAGACUAUUUGCAGGCGAAGGACACGGAGAGCGAGCCCAAUGCCCAUCAAAUGGACUUCAAGUCAAGGACGGAUUCAGAGGCAAAGGCGGAAGUAAAGGCAGAAUGAUUCGCGAAUGGAAUUCCGGGAUCGCGCCAGAAGCCACAAGGAAGUGCGAAAUGAAAAUCUGAUCUAUCUGGCAAGCGCUGUCUAAAUGCAUAUUGGGCGUCGUAGAGUAUGCCAUUUUAAUUAAAAAUUCUUAAAACGUU